CUGCGCUCCCCGCCGCUACGAGAGGAGGGCGAGGGCGCGGGAGGCGCGUCCGAGCCGCCUGAGGAGGUUGUGGCGGCGGCGGGCGACAUGGACAACGCGGGGAAGGAGCGUGAGGCGGUGCAGUUGAUGGCGGAGGCCGAGAAGCGAGUCAAGGCCUCCCACUCCUUCCUCCGAGGGCUGUUUGGAGGAAACACAAGAAUAGAAGAAGCUUGUGAAAUGUAUACCAGAGCUGCAAAUAUGUUCAAGAUGGCUAAAAAUUGGAGUGCUGCAGGAAAUGCAUUUUGUCUGGCAGCCAAGCUCCACAUGCAGCUUCAGAGCAAACAUGAUUCUGCUACCAGCUUUGUGGACGCUGGAAACGCUUACAAAAAGGCAGACCCUCAAGAGGCUAUCAACUGCUUAAAUGCAGCCAUCGACAUUUACACAGACAUGGGAAGGUUUACAAUUGCAGCCAAGCACCACAUCACCAUUGCUGAGAUCUAUGAGACUGAACUUGUAGACAUCGAGAAGGCUAUCGCACAUUAUGAACAAUCGGCUGAUUAUUACAAAGGAGAAGAAUCCAACAGUUCAGCUAACAAGUGUCUGCUGAAGGUGGCAGCAUAUGCCGCCCAGCUUGAGCAGUACCAGAAAGCCAUUGAGAUCUAUGAGCAGGUUGGGGCCAACACUAUGGAUAAUCCUUUGUUGAAGUACAGUGCGAAGGAUUACUUCUUUAAAGCAGCCCUCUGCCACUUCAUAGUGGAUGAACUGAAUGCCAAGCUUGCUCUUGAGAAAUAUGAGGAAAUGUUUCCAGCAUUUACUGAUUCAAGAGAAUGUAAAUUGUUGAAAAAACUUCUAGAAGCUCAUGAAGAACAGAACAGUGAAGCUUACACUGAAGCAGUGAAGGAGUUUGACUCAAUAUCUCGCUUGGAUCAGUGGCUUACUACCAUGUUGCUUCGCAUCAAAAAAUCCAUUCAAGGGGAUGGAGAAGGAGACGGAGACCUCAAGUGAAAUGCUUGUCUUUGUGGCAUGCAGCUAACUGCUCUUUAGUUCCAUCUUAGGCCCAGUGAUCUUUAUGGAGUGCCCAUUUAAUGGCUUCAUUUUGUGCACAUGAGUGAAACGAGAUAUGUGUGUUGUUUAAUUUAAGCUCACCAUGUUUGUGUCGCUGAAGUGGACGGAUGGGAAGUGCCUGUGCAUAUUGUGAGUGUGAUGGGCUGUUUCACGCUUGCCAGAGUCCCCAGAGUUUCCUGAGAAUUACUUCAGAAUCAUAUUCUUGUUAUUUUGAUAUUUGCAGAGCCUGUUUCAUUUUGCCACGUUUUUGUAUCCUUUAUCUUGGACUUGAGUACCCCACCCAAUUUUUCUGAUAGAUGCUCUGCAUAUUCUCUGUAAAUUUGCAUCUGGAUGUAUUCUCUAAAUGUACGUAUUUAGUUUAGGAUGGUUGUUAGGAAUGAGUUUAUGCCUUUCCUCUUUAGAAAUUGUUUUUGAGUGUGUGUCUGUGUGGUCUUGUGAUUCUUUUGGUGGUGCUAGUGGCCAGUCUCUUUGCUUUUUUUGUUCUGUAUGCUAACGUGCAUGCAAAAAUUCAGAACAGCCAAGGUCUGCCGGCAUCACUUACAUUGUAAGAAAAGGGAGCUUCCUGGCAGUGCUUGCUGCCGUGUGGAUGAAUGUCAAGAUGAAUUUGACUGAUUGUACACACACAAGAUCUAUAAGAAACAGAAUUUUUUGUUUUCCUGGAGAUAGUUUUCACUUUUAGUUGGGUUCAAAAUCCCUUUCUUUAUGUUCACGUAAAGAUGUUUUAACUGGCACAUCUCUUUUCUUCACUUUCAUGUUAACACACUUUCCCACGUUGAGAUGGUGCCCUCUGUGCCACCACCACGUAAAUCUGCAUCAGGGCCUGCAGAUUAUCUAAGUGGAAGCUUGAGAAGGUGUGUCAUUAAUUUUAUCCAUUUAUUGAAUGUGAUGAGUUAGGUAGGGUAAAUACAGUACACAGGUUUACUAUAUAUAUGCCCAGCUGGGGAAGAACACCAAUUAGCUUCCAAGGGGACUUGAUUUUUCCUCUUAGCUGUUGGAAUUGUUUUAGCUUAUGUGUUUGAUUUCUGUCCUGUUAUUUCGGUUGAUAUAAUAUGUGCUCGGUUGACCUUGAUCCCUACCCAUUAUGUUACAUGCUGACGUUGUACUUUAGACGUGGUCAGAAACUCCUCUGCAUAUUUUUAGGCUUAAAUGAUUUAUGUUUGAUGUGCAUUUGUUGUCAGUGAUAGCCUGUGGUUCUUUCUAAAUUGUGCUGCUGACAUUAAUGAUAGAGAAUGAAACUUCCCAUAUUAUGUCAGAUGGUAACUGGUAUUUGAAUGAUGUUUUCGUUUUUGGAUGUCCUUCAACUGGGAUUGGUAGGCUUUCAUUGGCAGAAGUAGAGUGGGUGUGCCCAGGCCAAGGGCUGAGAGAGAAGGAAGGUUCAGGGAUGGUGAAUAGGUCAGUCUGGGAUGAAGGGGAAAGUAGCAGGAAAGGAAGUUGAAAAGGGCCAGCUAAGGCCCAAUUAUGGAGGCUGUCUGUUAGGUGGCCGUGAAGAUUCCCUGGCCGUAGUUGUGGGGUCACCUACACAAGGUGGACUGAUGGAGAGGAAGGUGAGUGAUGUCACAGUGUUGGCUGAGGGUGGAGGGAAUGGGCCAGAAAACAUGGAUACUCUGGCUUUGCACCCUAGAAUCUGAUGAGGAUUCUUUCCUUUCUUCAAAGGUCUGGGAUUCUUAAAAGAAAGACAGUCAUCACUAUGGUACAAUCUGAAAUGGAGCCCGUUUGGUACUUCUUCAUUUUCCCGUUUCCUUAUGACAAAAAGAUGAGAGGGAACGGUGGGUUCUUGUUGCUCUAUAUAAUCUAUUCCACAACCAAGUGCACUUUGUAGCCUGUGUCCCUGGAUGCAAUCUGUCCCAUCUGGAGAGCAUUCAGAUCCCAGCCAGCCAGCAUGCUUGUUUCAUGACGGUCUAGAAAGUUUGUUUCCGCUUGUUAAAAGAACCUUCUGAUCUGACCGCUUAAAAUGAAAACCAGCGAUUUCUUUUAAGGCAAUUCUGUUCAGCUUUCAUCAUGAUCCCCUAGCAAACACCUAUCUGAAGAAAGACGUAUGGUUUUUUAAAAAUAGUAGUGGUAGCAUUUUAUUAUGUCAAUCAAAGAAUUGCUUAUUUUAUUGAAAUAAACACUGGGCUCAGUGCCUGAGUUAAGAAUUUUCUGUUUUUAAUAUUUUCACAUGGAAAGAAUACAAAUAAUUGUAAUGGCUAGAACAGACCUGCCGGAAGAUAAAAGAAAAAUGAGCAGAAAAAAGUCCCAUUAACAGUAUCCAGCCUUCGUUCCUUGAAAUGCCUCCUCACUGUUGGAGCAGCACCGUGACUCAGAGGCCGAGUUAGAGUUUCAGAAUUUAUAUUGUUUAUGACAAAACAUAAUGACUAUUUACGUUACAGUUCUUGUAUUUUAGCAAAUCUGGGGUUAGUUCAUAGUCAGUGUCGGUUAAAAUUUCUUACAGGAAAGCUUUGCUUCUUGUGGCAGCAUUUUUAUACCUUGUGUGAAUUCCUUUUUUAUUUAAUAAUUCGAAAGCAGUGUUUUUGCACAGUCGUGACUAUUUGUGAUGGCGUCUCUAUAACCAAAGUGUGUGCUUUUAAUGUUUCCUCUGAUACUGUGCAUUUAAAAUGUCCAAAUGCAAACUGCUGUGGCUUUCUUCAGAGGAUUUGGCAGCACAGCAUGCCACCUGUGACCCGCCUGCCUGCUGUGUGAGCUGUGAUCAGGAGCAGGUUCCUGCCCAUGAAGUUCUGAGUCGGUCACUGUGGGGUGCUCCUCUCUCAUUCUCUCAGCAGAGGAUUAUGUUAUGAAAACUAACCAUGUGACAAUAAAUCUACCUUAGCAGAAAGAGUAUGUAUAUUUUAUGUGAACCUGUACAGUAAAUAAAGUGGAAAUUAUGAGUAACA